GGCAUGGCUUCAUCGUUGGUGUGCAGUGAAACGCAGAGCAGAGUCAGCUCAGUUCUGAACAGAGAUGUCAAGCAGUUUGGGAAGAAGUACAUGUUUGACCGUAACGAAGAGACCUGCUGGAACUCAGACCAGGGUGAUUCCCAGUGGGUCUCCCUGGAAUUCCCACAGCCUGUCAAGGUGUCGGAAGUAAAGGUCCAAUUUCAAGGAGGAUUCUCAGGGAAAACGUGUAGACUGGAAGGGUGCCCCAAAGAUGGAGACUUGACUUCAUUCGCUCAAUUCUACCCUGAGGACAACAACUCUCAUCAGAGCUUUCCCAUACAGGAGGCCCCUGCAGUACACAAACUAAAAAUAGUGUUUGAGAAUAGUGCUGACUUUUUUGGUAGGAUUAUUGUUUAUUCCUUGGAUGUCCUCGGGGAGCGAGCUUGGUAACUUUUUUUUUCUUCUUCUACAUCAUGAGAGAGGGGAAGUGAACUCGCAGGACAUAGGACGGUGUGGUGACACAGGGGAACUGUGACAUCUCUG